GAAUCCGCAGGCGACGCGCGGACUUGGCGGAGCUCGUGGUCGGAGGAGAACAGCGGUCCGGAACCUCCCGCAGACAUGGGGAAAGUGGAGGGCGGAAUGAAAUGCGUGAAAUACCUUUUGUUCGUGUUCAACUUCAUCUUCUGGCUGAUGGGAUCCCUGGUGUUGGCGGUGGGCCUCUGGCUGCGCUUCGACCCGGAGACCGUUUCCCUGCUGACCGGCGACGGUGCUCCUGACACCUUCUUCAUCGGUGUGUACAUCCUGAUAGGAGCUGGCAGUCUGGUGAUGAUGGUCGGCUUCUUCGGCUGCUGCGGUGCCAUUCGUGAAUCUCAGUGCCUGCUGGGGUCGUUCUUCGCCUGCUUGCUGAUCAUCUUUGGAGCCGAGGUGGCGGCCGGCGUGUUUGGAUUCCUGAACAAAGACAAGAUAAUCGAGGACGUCCAGAACUUCUACAGAAAAACCUACGCAGAAAACAAUAACAGCACAUUGAUCACAUCGUACCACAAAGAGCUGAACUGCUGUGGGACCAAAGCAAGCCCGUGCAGCGAUACCCCGUCAAUAACCAGGGACUGUGAUACCAGCAUCGAGGAGUUCUUCAACAACAAGCUCUACAUUAUCGGCUACGUGGGCAUCGGCAUUGCGGGUGUCAUGAUCAUCGGCAUGAUCUUCAGUAUGGUGCUAUGCUGUGCCAUUCGCAACAGCAGAGAGGUCAUUUAAACUGGACCGAUGACCUCCACCCGUCAACCCUCCGUGUACCACAUCACUAAAGACUGUACAGCCCUCCGAUCAAGUCUCCAACCCAAACCAUGUAAUCUGCCUCCGAGCACCCACGGCGAGAGACCACCUCCGAGGAAACCGCUGCAGCGCUUUCAUCAUGAAGCAACAAAAAGCCAGAGCCCUGAUCUCCUACGGCGUGAAGAGCUGGGCUGAUCAACCCUCCCGCUUAUUCGUCAAGUUUGUUUAAUUCGUGUUUGUUCUCACAGGAAAAUUAGUUCGACUUCUGCACCACAGCAUUCCCGAUAAGACUCUGUCAUCCACACGCUCGUUAAGAACCGUAGUCUUGAAAUUCGACCUUGGCCCUUGUAGCUGUUACUGCUUUUACAUAUGGGUGUUUAGCCAUGACUGACAUUCCAGAUAUGAACUGACAUACUGCAACUCCAGUCAGCGGUUUCCUUUUACACAACCUGUACACUGACCCAGGAGUCUUGGCCUUGGGGGGGCUCAAGCAUGCGAGAACACUCUUGAGUUGAAAGCAGCUGAGUUUGCACUUGUUUACACACACACCCAGCAAUGUUAUGUUAUAUAAAACCGGAGGCUCAAAAAAGGAUGUAUGUGAUUGAGGAAGGAUCUGAUUGGUGGAUUGAGAGUUAAGCGUCAAGAAAGUUCUCAGUGAUUGUUUAACGCAGCCGUCCAAACAAAGAUUAGAUUUUGAAGUAAAGUCCCGGAACCACUGAAUUCGAAACCAGCAGUUUGACCGGCACAGUGACCCGUUCGGCCCGACGCACCCUCCCUCCCGUUCUCUGCUUCUUGAAGGUCGGUCUCGUGGGCGUGAAGCAGGGUGUGGAGGCUGAACCGGUCUUAUGUAAGAGAGGAUUCCUUAGACUCUGUUGACUGAACGCCGUGACACGUGGGUACGUUUACAGACGCUUCGUGUACAGUCCUCCGCAUGUCAACUGAGGGCAAGCGUGUCAUUACAACAACCCGGUCUCACACACAAAACGCUGGUAUACAACUCAUCUGCACUUCCAUAGAUACGUUACGCUAUAUGUCACCGUAUCAGAUCACAUUGUGUCGUGUGCGUAUAAUGCAUUACGACAUAUC